ACUUUCGGAAUCACAAAAAAGAAAAAAAAUAUACUUUCGGAUUUUGAGUUUUGACAAAAAAAGAGUGAGAAGUCAAAAAUGUUCUGUUUUAUUUGUGAAAAUUAUAAUAAAUUUUCAAGAUUUCUAUUGAAAAAAUAAUCAAAAAAUUGUUAAAGAAUUAUUACAUUUAAUUAGCAUAGUCUAUUAUUUAAUCGAAUAUAAGAAAUCAAAUAAAAGUGCAUAAAAUCUUUACUUUUUAAUCAAAUAUAUGUGCUUCUAAAAAAAAAAAGAAAAAAAAAUUUUUACACUACAAUUCAAAAAGUUGGAGGAUAAUAUAUAAUUACAUAUAUAUACAGUAUAUAUAUCUAUAUAUAAAUUUUUUUUUUGCAAAGAAAAAAGUAAAAAAUUUUGAAGAAAAGCGAAAAAAGAAUAAAAAAAAAUAUCUACCGUCAAGUAGUAAUUCAAUUCAAUCUUUUUAUGUUUGCAUUUAUGAGAGCCGCUGAUUCAAUUUUGCCGUGUGCGAACAGUUAAUUUGACAUGGCCGGUAAUGGCGAAACGUCCUGGUGCUUCUCACAAAUUAAGGGGGCUUUAGAUGAUGAUGUGACUGAUGCUGAUAUCAUAUCUUGUGUAGAGUAUAAUCACGAUGGUGAACUGUUAGCAACUGGAGAUAAAGGUGGACGAGUUGUCAUUUUCCAGAGAGAUCCAGCUUCAAAAACAGCAAUUCCAAAACGUGGAGAAUACAAUGUUUAUUCAACAUUUCAAUCGCAUGAACCGGAGUUCGAUUAUUUAAAAUCAUUAGAAAUAGAAGAAAAAAUCAAUAAAAUAAGAUGGCUUAGGCGGAAAAAUCCGGCGCACUUUUUAUUAUCAACUAACGAUAAAACUAUAAAAUUAUGGAAAGUUUCUGAACGUGAUAAGGCUUUUGAAGGCUAUAAUACAAAAGAAGAAAACGGUUUAAUUAAAGACCCAAAUAAUAUAACAUCUUUAAGAGUUCCUUCAAUUAAGCAAAUUGCGUUAAUGGUUGAAGCUUCACCUAGGCGUAUAUUUGCUAAUGCGCAUACUUAUCAUAUUAAUUCAAUAUCAGUUAAUUCAGAUCUUGAAACAUAUUUGUCCGCCGAUGAUUUGCGCAUUAAUUUAUGGAAUUUAGAGAUAACCGAUCAAUGCUUUAAUAUUGUUGAUAUAAAACCAACAAAUAUGGAAGAAUUAACUGAAGUAAUAACAGCAGCUGAAUUUCAUCCAAAUGAUUGCAAUAUUUUUGUAUAUUCAAGUAGUAAGGGCACAAUACGUUUAUGUGAUAUGAGAUCAUCGGCGUUAUGUGAUCGUCAUGCUAAACAAUUUGAAGAACCAGAAAAUCCAACAAAUCGUAGUUUUUUCAGUGAAAUAAUUAGUUCGAUUAGUGAUGUCAAAUUAAGUAAUUCUGGUCGUUAUAUGAUCUCUAGAGAUUAUUUAAGCAUUAAAGUAUGGGAUUUGCAUAUGGAAACUAAACCAAUUGAAACGUACCCGGUUCAUGAGUAUUUAAGAGCAAAACUAUGUUCGUUAUAUGAAAAUGAUUGUAUUUUUGAUAAAUUUGAAUGCUGUUGGAAUGGUAAUGAUACUUCAAUAAUGACUGGCAGUUAUAAUAAUUUCUUUAGAGUUUUUGAUCGUAAUACUAAAAAAGAUGUAACAUUAGAAGCGUCAAGGGAUAUUAUUAAACCGAAAACAAUAUUAAAACCUCGUAAAGUUUGUACUGGUGGAAAACGUAAAAAAGAUGAGAUCAGUGUUGAUUGUUUGGACUUUAAUAAAAAAAUAUUGCAUACGGCCUGGCAUCCUUUAGAAAAUAUUAUUGCUGUUGCAGCUACAAAUAAUUUAUUCAUAUUUCAAGAUAAGUUUUAGCUAACAGUUGUUUUUAAUAAAAAUAAAAUUAAUAAUAAAAAAAAAGAUGAUAAUAAAAAUAAUCAAACCUUAAUAAAUAAUAUAAAAAUAAAUAAAAAUUUAAUAAAACUUUUACAAAAAUUUAAAAAAUUCCUUAAAAAAACAAAAAAUAAAACAAAACACAAAAAACGAGAAAUAUAAUUUUAUUAUAGUUUUUUACUAUCCUUUUUUUUUUUUUUGGUUUAUUUAAGCUUAAAAUUUUUUUUUUACAAAAACAAAAAAGAUAAUUUAAUCGAAAUUUAUUUUACAUUUUUCAAUUAAUUAUUUUCAAGAUAAAAAAGAAUUAUAAAUUGUUAAUAAGCAAAACGAAAUUUCAUAUAUAAAUAGUUAUCACUAACAUUAAAAAAAGGGAAUAGAUUUUAUGCUUCAUUCAUACAAAAACAGAAUCAAUGAAAAUUUAAUAAAUAGAAAAUUUCAUAAACCAAAAAAAAACUAAUAACAAUAAUAAGAAACAAUAUAAUAAGAUGAUUUGAAAAGGAAAUAAAAAAUGAUUAUUUAGAAUAUUUUAGAGCCUGAUUUUUUUUUUCAUAUGAAAAGCAUUGUAAUAAAAAUAACUUAUAAAAAUAAAAUCUAUAAAAUACAACAAAAAAAAAUAAUUCUACUAUUAUUUUUACAUGUAAAAAUUUGCAUUUUGUUUCAGUACUUUUUCUUCAAACGGUUUUAUCCUGCCGCUGCCCUAAAAAAUUAAAAAAUAUAAAUUUUUUUUUUGUUUUGUAAAAUCAUAUUUUCAAAAUGAUAUUUUAAAUUUAUAAAACCUUUCAAUUUAUAGUUUAUUAUAAAUUCAAUAUUAAAUUUUUAUUAUUUGUUUUAAAAACAAACAUAAGAAUUAUAUACCUACAUAAAUAAUAUAGUUUAUACAUUUGAUUUUAUAAUAAGAGCAAAAAAAAAAUAAAAUAAAAAUUAUGUAACAACAAGAAAAAAACAAGUUUAAUACUUAAAAUUAUGUUUGAUUUAAAGGAGGAAUUAAGUUAAUAUUAAUUUUUUAAAUAGAUAAAUAGGUAAAAAUUAUACGUAUAAUAUAGCGUGUACACAUAUAUACAUAUAUAUAUGUAUAUAUAUAUAUAUAAUUAUACGUGCAUAAAUAUAUUUAAACAUGCAUGCAUAUUAAUUAUAUGUUAUGCAAGAAUAUUAAACAUUUAAACAAAAAACGAACAAGGACUUUGUUUUGUUAUUUUCUAUUUUAUACACAAAAAAAAAAAUGAAUGUACUUGUUUCAAAUCAAUUUUCAUCAUAUUAAAAAUAAUAAUAAAAAAGCAUUAAAUGAAAAUUUUCCAAAAAUGUUAAUCAAAUUAAUUUUUAUUUUCAAUAGAAUUAAUUUUUAUUUUCAAUAGAAUUAGUUUUUAGUUAGCAUAUUGAGUUAGUUUAUUGAUUUGUUGAUUUUUCUACGAGAAUUUAAGUUAUAAAAAAAAUAACUUUAAAUUUGCUUUUGUUUUCAACCUACACACAGUCUGGUCAACAAAAUCAUUUAAGUAAAAGAUAAAUAUUUUUUUUUAUGGAUUUAAUAUUUUGACAAAAAUUUUAAAAACAAUAUUUGAAUAAUUAUACUAAUCUAUUGAAGUUAAUUGUUUUUUGUAUGUAAGAUUUAAAACAGCAAAUUAAAUGAAUUAAAAAUUAAGCAUAUUUUUCGUUUGUGUUUUUAAUUUUUUCGAUAUAAAUGUAAAAUAAUCUUUCGAAAUCAUGUAAAUACAUACAAUCAGUUAAAAAAUGUAGAGUAGUUUUACACCUUUAUUUACCAGACUUGCAAUCAGUUUUUAUACUUAAAGAUUUUGCUAAUCUGGCAAUUAACCCGAUUUUAAUUAAAUUUUUUUUAAGUGGCUACAUCAAAUCAAUUUCAUUUUUUUUUUCUUUAAUAUUUUUUUUUUAAUUUUUGCAUUUGCUUUAUACACAGAAAUUUUUAUAAAAUACUUUUAUUUUUUAAUAAAACUUAAGAUGUAAUGUUAAAUUCUAAUUUAAGUGCAAAAAAAGAAAUCUUCAUAAUAGAAUUUUAUACUUGAAAGAGCAUCACGAUGAGAAGAUAGUAUUAAAAUAAAAUCAACAAAUACAUUAGGAGGGCAAAUUAAAUAUAAAAUAAAACAGUUAAAAUUAACUUAAUUAUUUUUAUAAUAAUUUUUUUUUUUUUUGUUUUUAAAAAUGUUAUCUAUUUUCAUUUAGACUUUUAACAUUCCAGUUUGUUACAAUUUUGUAUUUUUUUCUUUUUCUAUACAUGCAUACAAGAAAAAAUGGAUCAUAACAACAAUAUUGUAAAUAAUUGUAAAUUUGUAUAAGAAACAUUGUUAUGAGAAAAGUAUAGAUUAUUUUAUUUUGAUUAAAAACUCUCCCAUGAUUGUAAAAUCCAAAAUUUUACAUACAAUCAGGAAAUUACAUCCAUACAUAUGAGUAUCAAAGAAUAGAUUCAUUAAAAAAAAAAAAAAAAAUUUUUUAUCUUCAUUUAAAUGAGUCUUCCUCCUUCAUUACACCAUGAAAUUUAUUAUAUUUAAAAUAUAAACUUUAAGAUCUUGUAUUAUUGUAAGAGAACUAAUUAUUUUAAGUACAGAAUUUUCUACUCAAAAUGUGUUUUUUUUUUUUUUAAUUGAAAACUUCAUUUUUACAUUAUAUUAAAAAAUAUAUUAAUGAUCCAAAAUUUUUAUUUUUUAAUUAAUCGAAAAAAAUUAGAUAAAAAUAUUAAAAUUGAAAACUUUUUUAUAAACUUGGUAUUAAGAACAUUAUUAAAUGUUUAUUAUUUUUUUAAAUUCAAAGUUCUUCCAAGUUUUUAAUUUAGGAAAUGUUAUGAUCCAAUAUAUUAUGGCUUAAUCUUCAAAAUUAUUUUGUUUCAUAGUACACACACAAUAAGGUAACUUUAAUAAUAUGAACAACAUAAAAAACAUUUUUGGGAAUUUUUCCAUGUUCAUUUCAUGGACAAUUUUUUUUUUUAUAGGAAUAUUGCAAAUUGGCUAAUUUAAAAACGAAAUAAAAAAAUUUUUAUUAGAUAAUAAAUAAAGGGGAAAAAAAAAAGAAGAAAGAACGAAUAAAAAUAUAAUUAUAAUUUUGCUUAAAAAACAAAAUUUAAUAUUUUUCUAAUAAAAUUCUAUUUUAGUUUCUCAUUUUUAGUUUACAGUGUUAAGUAAUAUACAAAUUUAUAGUUUAUGAAUCGAAUAAAAAUUUAUAAAAAAAAAAAAAAACAAAUACAAAAAAUAAAAAAAAUUAAUAAAAAUUGAUAUAAAAAUUUUUGCCAUAUUUAUAAAAUUGAAAAAAAAAAAUUAAACACAUAUUUUUAUGAUGAUUUAUUUAAUUUGGAAGUUGUUUUAGAAGAAAAAUUUGAACAUAAAGAAAUAAUAUACAUACUGGCUUAAUAAAAAAAAAACAA